GAGAGGCAGCGAGGCAGGCAGGAAAACAAGGGGGCAGACACAAGGACGGAGACAUGAAAACAGAGGCAGAGACAGGUGGGGAGACUGUUGAAGCGAGGAUAGAUGAGAGGGAACAGAGAGCAAGGAUAAUGAAGAGGUGGUUGCACCAUCUGCUGCCAAAGAGAGAAACAUGUUAGCAAUUCAGACGAGAGCAGGGAGGCAGCCAGCGAUCUGCAGUAAGAUACCCACAACCCCUCCUGAAUGCCAGAAUGAAGAGUCCUCAGCUGAAAGAGAGGAGAGUCACAAUUAAGAGGCACAGUUAGAUCGUCGGUGUCUCGCCAGAGGAGACAUUUGUGAGACAUUUUCUUCAGUGCGAAGACUCAGAAACAACAGAAGAGAUUUUUUAGACUAGAUCCACACUAUUCUGCAGAGUCCCACCAAGACUGUACACGAUUAUAAACAGUAGCAACCCUAUCUGGACGAGUAGCAGCCACUUUGCACCUGGUUUGUUUUAUAUUUACAAGUAGUUACAUGUUUUGAGAGUUUUAAUCAGCACUACAAACAUUUCCAGAAGAAUCAGGGUUUACGAUGCACACUCCAGCUUCCAUGGUGAUGGGGAUUGUCUUUGCCCCUUUGGGAUUAGUCCUUCUCUUUACUGCUGCCAUCACCCCUCAGUGGAGAGAGGGACAGACACGUCUGGGGAUGUCAGGGCCAGGGUCUCUUCUCCGUUCAGGAGUGAAAGGUCAAGGGAUGGGCGUCAGGUCUGGGUCGGUGGAGACACUGCUCUUAGUUCGCUCUGAUGGAUUGUGGGAGAGCUGCCUGCAGGUGGAGCACUCAGAGCUGAAGCAGUGCUGGCCUGUGGCAGGUCCAUAUCAGAGAGACAAAAGGGUUCGCCUGGCGCAGGGCUUGGUGCUGACUUCUUUGUUCCUAUGUGGCACCGGCAUUGUUCUUGCCUGUAUCGGGGUCCGCUGUUGGACUGAUCUACCUCUGAGAGGUGUUGCAGCUACAGGUGGACUCCUGGUGGUGAUGGCUGGGUUGCUAAGUCUGACCGCAUUAGGGGUGUACACCCACAACCUUGGAAGGCUGGGGAUGGAGGAUCCACGUCAAGAGAUCAAUAACUCCAGGUUCCCCCACCUCAGGCUGCGUCCAGCCGGAUCGCUCUACUUUGGGUGGCUGGGUUCAUGUUUACAGGUCCUUGGAGGCAGUGCUCUGCUCUUCAGUUUCAAACGACCAAAAUGCCCAACCUGUCCAUCCUGCCCAGAGCUCCCAGUCUGCCCUGCUUGUCGUUCAUGUCCAGAGAUUAACAAGCCAGGCACAGAUGUUUAUGAAGUCAGCUGUUAGAAUGUGAACCUUAGAUUUAGACAAGAUGGGUAAAUAUGAGCAAAUUUCAACUUUAGCAUUCUUAAAGUCACUUAUAACUCAUCCGCUACAAUAUUAAAUCUGCCAGAUAAAAAUUCAGAAUCAAUUGAUAACUGACUGAACCACAGAUAAUUGCUUCUACCUGAUUAACAGACGUCUUACUCUAACAACAGGUAUGAAUAUGACUGAUGUAAUUGCCUGAGAAAUAUUCUUUAAAAUAGAAAGUGAUGAAUGAUAAAGCAGACGAUCGUUAGAUCUCCUAAGAGCAUCGUGGUUGAAAAGAGCUCAAGUUCCUGCUGCCUUUAACUGCAUAAAUGUAGUAAAACAUGACUGAAGUGUCUCUUUGUGCUGCCUUUUACAUUGUAGCCAUGCGUUCGUACUGUUAGCAAAAACAUGACAUUUUAUGUGUCCGAACAAAACUGUGAAAUGUAAAAUACUUGUGAUAAAUUAUAAGAGCAGUUGUUUAGAUGAUGUUAGGGCUUUAAAUAAGAUCAGUUGUAAAAGCUUGUUUUAUAUUCCGUUAUAGAUUGAAUAUAAAGUUGUACUUUUUUGUUUUAAGUUAAUUGUUAACAGAGAAUAAUGUUAGAUUAAUAAAUAUUUUAAAAAAGUGUAGUUCUUUGAAAUGCAGACAACAAUCUUUAAAUCAUUUGAUGCAAUCUGCUUGUAACGUUUUCUUGAUUCAGUCAUUGCAAGCAAAAAAAAAAAAAGACCAGUUUUAGUAGCCCUGUAAACAUAUUACAAAUAAUUUGUCAUUUUUGUAGCCUGUCUGUCAGGUAAACCUUUGUAUGAUACCUUCACUAAGGAGCCUUCAUGUAAUGAAUGUUAUAUUACUGACUUGGUAACAUGAACAGUGAGAGGAAAAAGGUGUUUGGGGAGGAGGAUUUACACAGAUUAUUGUUUAUUCUUUGUAAAUUCUUUGCUGAUAUGAAGUUGUUAUUGUG